UGAUUUGUUGUUGAUGAGAGCGGUCAUUAAUCCACCGGAAGUAGGAAGUAAAUUUAACUGAAGCGAACAUUUCUUCUAUUUUUAGGCUUGAUUCAACGUAUUUAAAGCUCAGAUACAACCCCCGAUAUGCCGGCGUAUCAUUCCCAGUUCAAGGAUGCUCCACAAAACAUUGGCAAUAUGGCCAUGUGCCCCAUAAAGACACAGUUCAAGGGGCCAGCUCCAAAAGACACCAGCGGCUUUGACAUCAUAGAUGAGGCCAUACAAUUCUUUAAGGCCAAUGUUUUUUUCAAGAACUAUGAAAUAACAAGUGAAGCUGACCGAACACUGAUCUACAUAACAUUAUAUAUAACAGAAUGUCUGAAAAAACUACAAAGGUGUACAUCCAAGAAUAAUGGCCUAAAGGAGAUGCAUUCUCUAGCAAUCCAGAAGUUUGACAUCCCUGGAGACUCAGGAUUUCCGCUUAAUUCAUUGUAUACAAAACCUAAGAACAGAGGGGAAGAAGAUACCAUGAAACAAUUUAUUUUGCAAUUACGCCAAGAGACUGGUCUCCGUGUCGUAGAGAAAGUCUUUGACCCUCAAACAGAUAAACCAAGCAAGUGGUGGAUGUGCUUCGUUAAGAGGAAGUUCAUGGACAAAUCCCUCUCUCACCCAGGAAUGCACUAUUAAACCUUCAACUGUACUACUGAUCAACUCACAGACCUGAACAAUCUGCUUGAGAGGAGAGUUCCAACAAUCUCCUUGAUAGGAGAGUUCUUACAAAUCUCCAAUACAGGAGAGUUUCUAAAUCAAGUGACAGUAAAAUGAAUAAUUAUAUUACCCUAUAUUUUCACUCUCAGACAGUCUCCUUGAAGUGAUAUUUACAUUGCACCAAUAAUACUAAUUAAUGUACAUGUAACAUUGCUUAAUUUUGUUUUCACAUAUUGUUAUGAAUUUUAUUGAGAAAUAUGUUAUAAAACAGUCAGAGUAAUUCUGUAUUAAUCACCUGUCAGGUUUUACAUAUUGUGUCAAUAACAUAAAAUAAUUAAAACAUUAUAAUUCUGGGACACAUAAUUUGUGACAUAGUAUAAAGAUAUACAUAUUGUACAUAACUAGGCUAAGUCGUAAAAAUAUAAAAAUAUAAUACUAAAGCAAUUAAAGAAUCAUGUUGCAUUUUUACAGUUUUAUGAAACCCUUCAAAAUCUUUAUGAGCAGGGCAGAUGUAGAAAAUCUUAUCACAUUUACAUGUCAGGUAUUUUAAUUUAACCUCUUGACUACCCAGAGGGGCAAAAUUUCUCAUCACUAAAUGAUUUUGAAACCUAGGGUGACAAGAUAAACCGUCACAAAAUUUUUCGCUAAAAUUGCUUUAAUUUGAUCAAAUUUCAUCCAAUUUAUACAAA